AUGGGUAGCGCACCAGCCGCAAAGUCCAAGGUCGCCGACAUUUCGUUGGCGGCUUUCGGUCGUCUUGAGAUCGAGCUCGCUGAGAUCGAGAUGCCCGGUCUGAUGGCCAUUCGAGAGAAAUACAGCGCUGAUCAGCCUCUUGCCGGUGCCAGAAUCGCUGGUUGCCUUCACAUGACUAUCCAGACUGCCGUCCUCAUCGAGACCUUGACCGCCCUGGGGGCCGAAGUCACCUGGUCCAGCUGCAACAUCUUCUCCACACAGGACCAUGCCGCCGCCGCCAUUGCUGCAAGUGGUGUGCCCGUCUUUGCCUGGAAGGGUGAGACAGAAGAAGAGUACGAAUGGUGCUUGGAACAACAAUUGAAGGCUUUUCCUUCAGGAAAAUCCCUCAAUCUCAUUCUUGAUGAUGGCGGUGAUCUCACCGCUCUCGUCCACAACAAAUACCCGGAGAUGCUCAAGGACUGCUAUGGCGUCUCCGAGGAGACCACCACCGGUGUCCACCAUCUCUACCGAAUGCUCAAGGGCAACAAGCUUUUGGUGCCUGCCAUCAACGUCAACGACAGUGUCACAAAGUCUAAGUUUGACAAUCUUUAUGGCUGCAGAGAAUCCCUCAUCGAUGGUAUCAAGCGUGCUACUGAUGUCAUGAUUGCUGGCAAGAUCGCCGUUGUUGCCGGUUUUGGUGAUGUCGGCAAGGGCUGUGCUCAAGCUCUUCACGGUUUCGGUGCCAACGUGCUCGUCACCGAGGUCGACCCCAUCAAUGCUCUUCAAGCCGCCGUUUCUGGCUACCAGGUGGUCACUAUGGACGAAGCUGCCUCCAAGGGUCAAAUCUUCGUCACCACUACUGGUUGCCGAGACAUCCUUGUCGGUAAACACUUUGAAGCCAUGCGCAACGACGCCAUCGUUUGCAACAUUGGUCAUUUCGAUAUUGAGAUUGAUGUUGCCUGGUUGAAGAAGAACUCCAAGAGCGUUCAGAACAUCAAGCCCCAGGUCGACAGAUACCUCAUGCCCAACGGUCGUCACAUCAUCCUUCUUGCCGAAGGACGCUUGGUCAACUUGGGUUGUGCCACCGGUCACUCAUCCUUCGUCAUGUCAUGCUCCUUCUCCAACCAAGUCCUCGCACAGAUUGCUCUUUACAAGGCUGAGGAUGAGGCCUUUGGCAAGAAAUAUAUUGAGUUCGGAAAGACUGGCAAGAAAGACGUUGGUGUCUACGUUCUUCCCAAGAUCCUCGAUGAACAGGUCGCUCUUCUCCAUCUUGACCACGUCAAUGCCAAGUUGACCAAGCUUACUCCUGUCCAAGCUGAAUAUCUUGGUUUGGACGUUGAGGGCCCUUACAAGUCUGAUAUCUACCGUUAUUAG